CAGAUACAGGUAUACAGUAUACUAGUGGAGUAUUAAUACUACUGUAUUAAUUUAAGAAGGUGAUACCAACCCCAACAUAGUCGUGAGUCUUGACAUGUGCCAUUGCUUGAGAUGCGCUGCACCUGCACGUUGUUCGUAAUUUCGACUAAUAGUCUAAUUAUGCUAUUUAAGUGUACUGAGCAAUGUUAAUUAGCAAUUGCACCAAACUUUUCUCUACACAGACUGCUUCCAAAAUGAAUCCCAGCAACGAUCCAUAUGCCUACUUAGGAUUCACCAAAAACGCUGACGCCUCAAUCACACGCAUACCGGGUCACAUUCCGACCACCGCCGCCUCCAUCGACCCCGCAAAUCCCGUUCUCACCAAGGACCUCCCCAUCAAUCCCCAAACCAACACGUGGGCUCGUCUCUAUUAUCCCUCCGCCGCCACGAAACUCCCCGUCAUAGUCUACUACCACGGCGGCGGCUUCGUCCUCUGCAGCGCCGCCUCCUCCAUGUUCCACAACUUCCUCUCCGGCAUCACCCUCUCCAUCCCGGCGCUGGUAGUCUCGGUAGACUACCGCCUGGCGCCGGAGCACCGCCUCCCCGCCGCCUACAACGACUGCGCGGAGGCGCUGCGCUGGGUCAACGCCAGCGAAGACGAGUGGCUGACCGGCCGAGCUGAUAUGUAUAUCAUGGGAACGAGCGCUGGAGGGAACAUAGCGUACCACGUGGGGUUGAAGGAGGCGGCGCGGAUGAAGAUCCGAGGGCUGAUAUUGCACCACCCCUUCUUCGGCGGGGUGGAGAGGAGCGCGUCGGAGAUGCGGCUGGUGGACGACGCGGUGCUGCCGGCGAGCGUGGCGGAUCUCAUGUGGAGCCUGGCUCUGCCGAUCGGGUGUGAUCGUGAUCAUGAGUUCUGCAAUCCGGUGGAAGUGGAGAUUGUUGAGAAGGUGAAGGUUUUGGUGACGGGCUGCGGCGGCGAUCCGCUGAUUGAUCGGCAAAAGGAGGUGGCGAGAAUGUUGGCGGAGAAUGGUGUGGAUGUGAUCCAGGAGUUUAGUGAAGGAGGGUGUCGUGGGAUUGAGCUUUUUGAUGAGUCAAAAGCUUUGGUGUUUUAUGAGCUUCUCAAGAAUUUUCUUUCUACAUGUAUCAUUGAUUAG